AUGGAUGUGUCUGCUCUGGACGAGCGCGAGUACGAGACCUUCACGCUGUCCAACUCGCUGCAGGUGCUGCUCAUCUCGGACUCCAAGACGGAGAAGGCGGCCGCCGCCAUGGACGUGCACGUGGGGCACCAGAGCGACCCGGAGGAGCUGUCGGGCCUCGCGCACUUCCUGGAGCACAUGCUGUUCCUGGGCACCGCCAAGUACCCGGACGAGAACAGCUACAAGAAGUUCCUGAGCGCGCACAGCGGGCGCAGCAACGCGUCCACGUCUCAGAUGCACACCAACUUCUACUUCGACGUGCUGAGCGACCACCUGCACGAGGCGCUGGACCGGUUCUCGCAGUUCUUCAUCGCCCCGCUGUUCACGCCAGGGGCCACGCAGCGAGAGAUGAACGCCGUCAACUCGGAGAACGCCAAGAACCUGCAGAACGACCACCGACGACUGUAUCAGCUGCAGAAGUCGCUGUCGAACCCGGAUCACCCGUUCCACAAGUUCGGCACGGGGAAUUUAGAGACGUUGGGCACGAUCCCGAGUGAGAAGGGCGUGGAUGUGAGAGCGGCGUUGUUAGACUUCCACGCCACGUACUACUCCGCGAGCAUCAUGAAGCUUGUGAUCUGUGGCAAGGAGAGCUUGGCGACACUGAAGAGCUGGGCGGUGGAGCUGUUUUCCGAGAUUAAGAACACGGGUCGCAGCUUCCCGACGUUCGGAGAUGCGGUGCCUUUUGAUGAGUCGAGGUUGAAGCGCGUGGUGCAUGUGUCGCCCGUGAAGGACCUCCGUGUUAUUGAUAUUUCGUGGCCCCUGCCCUCGUUGCACUGGGAUUUCCUGACGAAGCCUACGAAGAUUUUGUCGCAUUUGAUGGGGCACGAAGGUCCUGGAUCGAUCCUGAGCUACUUGAAGGCGCAGAAGUGGGCAAAUGGCCUGUCGGCUGGACUUUUCCGUGAUAAUGAGGACUGGGGGUUGUUCUGCGUGAAGGUCGACGUUACGGAUGCAGGCAUUGAGAAGGUGAACGACGUCGUGGAAGCAGUGUACCAGUACGUGCAGACUCUGCAGCGCGAAGCUCCGUUCGAGCCGUGGAUUUUCCGUGAGACGCAGGAUCUGGCGCUGCAGGACUUCCGCUUCAAGAGCAAGGAGAGUCCCAUCCACUACACCAGCCACUUGGCGAACGUCAUGCACCGCUACCCGCCCAAGUACAUUCUGUCCGGUGGCUAUGUUCUCUACGAGUACGAUGCGGACAAGGUCCAGCAGGUGCUGGAUCUGCUGACUCCGCAGCGUAUGCGCCUCACUUUGGUAAGCAAGACGUUUGAAGGCAAGACGCAGAGCGUUGAAAAGUGGUACCAGACGCCGUACUCCGAAGGACCUCUUGGCCGUGAGCUGAUUCAGCGAUGGACGUCUCCUCCCCCGAACGCAGCGUUGAAGCUUCCACACCGCAAUGAGUUCAUCUGCAGCGACUUCCGUAUCGUGACACCACCUCGCUCAGACUCCUCGUCACUGGGAGCCAGCGCUGAGGGUGCAGCAGUAUCCCCGCCAGUUUUACUCCAGCAGGAUGAACAAUGUCGCCUAUGGUACAAGCCGGACGUGCAGUUUCGCAAGCCGAAGUUGAUGCUGCAUUUCUUGCUGUACUCGCCGUCGCUGUCCACGACCCCGUACCACGCAGUGCUCACUAGCCUCUUCGUGCGUUACUUGAAGGACAAGCUCACGGAGGUUUCCUAUGACGCGGAACUUGCAGGCAUGGAGUACGAGAUCGGCUUCAACUCCCGUGCUCUGGAACUGCACGUGGGGGGCUACUCGCACAAGCUCCCCAUUUUGCUCUGUAAGGUUUUAGAGCAGAUGCUGGAGAUGACUAAGCCCGAGUACAAGUACGAAGACGCUGUCUUCGAGCGCGUAAAGGACCGUACGAAGCGCAUGUACGAGAACUUCUUCCUCGAGGAACCGUACCAGCACGCCGUGCACGUUUGUACCCAACUGCUGGAGAUCUCGAAGUGGAGCGUGGACGACAAGAUCCGCGCGAUCGAGUACCUCACUCUGAGCGACCUGGCAUCGCACAGCCAGUUCAUCUUCCAGCAGGUGUUCGUGGAGGGAUUCUUCUAUGGCAACCUUCAGCAGAGCGCGGCACCGCCUUUGAUGCAGCAAGUCCUGCAACAUUUCGGCUUUGGCAAAAACGGCACCACCGGUGGCGGCAGCUUCCCGCUUUUUCCAAGCCAGAUCACCAAGCCGCGCAUCGUGCAACUCGCCGAUGCAAGCGAGUACCGUUUCCAGCGGCGUGAAUGGAACGAAGCCAACCUCAACUCGGCGAUCUGCACACUCACCAUGGCUCUCCGCGCGCGUCUCGAGCUGUUUGCGCACAUUUUCAAGGAGCCGUGCUUCAACCAGCUCCGCACGCAGGAGCAGCUCGGGUACCUGGUGUUCUCCGGUAUGAUGCGUACUGAAGGCGUCGACUACUUCCGCAUCCUGAUCCAGUCGGACGUGGCGUCGCCGCUGCUUCUGGACCAGCGCAUUGAGCUCUUCGUGGCUCGCUUCCGCUCGCUCAUCGCGGAGAUGCCCGCAGCGACGUGGCAGAAGCAGGUGAACGCAGUCGUGAAGGCGUUGCUGGAGAAGCCCAAGCACGAGAUGGAGGAGUCCAUGCGCGCGUGGCGCGAGAUUGCGAACCAGGCGUUCGUGUUCGACCGGCGCCAGCGCGUAGCCGCCGUGGUGUCGACUCUGCAGCCGCGCGACCUGCUGGCGUUCUUCGACUCGUUCAUCGGCGUGGGCGGCGAGCGGCGCAGCAAGCUCAGCAUCUGUCAGCAUUUUGUCGUAUUUUUCGAGCAUCUCUUGAUUUUCCUUGCACAUCCCUUUCAGCGUCUGUAG